ACGCCGAAGAACUCAUGGGGGACACUGGACGCGGGCAAUCGGCCACUUCAGGGAGCGAGGAGCGACCUGUCGCCGUCCCCCACGCCGUCAAAACGCACACCAGUCGAUUCAGUAAUAUCUGGUGCUUCUAACACGCCGUCCAUCGCCUCCAACAGCGCUGCACAAGUCUCAGAAUCGGCCUCUAGCCUCGAGGAUGCCCUCGCCGCCGAUUCUUCGGCUUCUCAGCGGCCCCCGCGGCCAGAAAAACCACGCCAACCGUUAUAUACGCCGCCAAGCAGCUCAUCCGACCGCAAGCGCCGCAAAAACGGCGCGUAUCGAAGCUCUAGCGGCGGUGACACACCAGUCCAGACGCCGCCCGAUGUCCCAGCGAUACCCUCGGCGCCACUGGAGCCUGAGCGACCGUUGCUGUCGGACUCGCAGUGGGAGAAAGACAUUGCAGGCUUUGGCACGGUGCUUAACGACGUGCUGCAUUGCGUGACGAACCGCCAACUGGUGACCAAGACGGCCGAAUACAUGGCCACGUUCCCGCAACACGCGCUGCGCUUCCAGAUCAAGAUGAAGCAGCGAGCUUAUGCUGAAGGUGCGAGAGGAUUCCAGGCCAAACUCAUGCUGUUCUACGUUUUGCACGAGUUCCUGAAGACCUUUGAAGGCGAGCGACUGCAGCAGAUACAACGAGAAUGGUUCCAGACCAUCGACGAG